AUGCUUGUAGCUGUGGGGACAUUGUGGUCUGAAAACAGCAGUGCGUCCCGGCCAUCAGAGUUUCCUAUCACUGCAGAAUGGGAGCUUGUCCGUACCAUCAUUCCCCCGUACAUUUUCACGUUGUCUCUGUUAGGCCUGCUCUUAAACAUCUUUGUCCUGGGUGUGUUCUUCGCCCACAAGGAUCGACUGACUGUAGCAGAGAUCUACCUGAGCAACCUGGCGCUGGCUGACAUUAUUCUCCUGUGUGCCCUCCCUUUCUGGGCGAUGAACAUCCUCAACAACUUUAACUGGCCGUACGGAGACGCGUUAUGCAAACUGGUCAACUCCAUCAUCAUCCUCCAUUUCUACACUAAUAUCUUCACCCUAGUCAUGAUUAGUGUUGACCGCUACCUGGCACUUGUAAAGACCAUGAAGGCCAGGUGGCUAAGACAGACACUCUAUGCCAAAGUGAUCUGUUUCCUCCUGUGGAUUUUAGCUCUUGCUUUGAGCAUACCAACAAUGGUUCACAGAAAAGUGACGUUCAUACAGGAGAUCGGAACAAUGUCCUGUAUUUUGGAUUAUAGUCAAGGCGACUCUUGGAAGUUGGCCCAUCAGAUUCUGAUGAAUGUUGUUGGCUUUGUACUGCCUGUUCUGAUAUUUGUUUUCAGCAGUGGGAACAUAAUCAAGGCUUUAGUUCAGAGAAAGGAGAGGGUUGCAUUCCAUGACAUUAAUGACACAAAAGCCACAGUACUUUUGUAUGCUGUCACACUACUAUUCUUACUGUGUUGGGGCCCUUUCCAGGUCUUCACCUUCCUCGACACACUCUGUGAUGUCAGAGUGCUGGAUGAGGAAUUGUGGUUCCAUGCUCUCGAUAUAGGAACCCAGAUUUCAGUGUAUCUGGCCUUCCUCAACAGCGCCCUGAACCCACUGCUGUAUGUCCUCUCAGGGCAGUACUUUAGGAGGAAAGUUAGCGCCAUCUACAGGAGGACCAGACAUUAUCGCAGAGGAUCAGAUACGACAAUAUAUCAACGCUCAGUUGUGUCCACUUACAUUAACAGAACAGAGAAAAUUAAGCCAGUGGUCAUUCUAAAUGCAUAG